AUGUCUGGAAACAAGUACACCCUCACUGUCAACAUCGCCACCAGCUCCUUGAAUGCACUCAAGGCAGCCAAUUACAAACUUUGCAUUGCAAAGGACGUAAACGGCAAACCUAAUGUUGUUUUCAAAGGUGGAAACAAAGUUCUGAACCACAACGAGUUUGUAUUCGAAGAUCUUUUCCGAGUCUCUGGCACGAACAAGUUUGAAGAUGGGGCGUUGGUAAAGGCUUCCACGGAUCAGGUUCCAAUCUUGGGAGGCCAGGAGGUCAUAUUGUCCCCCGCGGGCACAUUCGGCCCUGUAUCUGGACCGGUGGAUCCUACAAAGCCGUUCACCGUUCACAAUCGGUACACCGAAUUCAUUAACUUCGGUGUUGAGGCUCGUGUCGGUAACGAAUAUAAUUACAUCUACGUCUCUCCGUACCCACAGGGGUCUGGAGAUGUCAUAUUGCAACCCAAGAAAAAGUUCUUGAUCUGGUUCGACCAGACACUCGAUACUGAAACGAUGUUCUCGCGCUCCGUCACCAACGCCAUUGAGCUCGACUUUACAAGUACUUCUGAGCAUGAAAUCAGUUUCUCGGCGCCAAAAGAUAAACCUGCCAAAGGGGUAUGGAGAAUGGGACCUCUCCCGGUGCUUGGACAGACGUACAACCCAAAGACCAACACAUUGUCUUUGGACCCGGCUUUUCUGCCUGAUAUGGAUGAGAUCGUCCGCAUUACUGAACAGUGGAAACUUGAAGCCUUACAGAAUGAUGUUCCACGUGCGAUCACGGCUAACUUGAAUGGCGACGCUCAGAACAUUGAAGGAGAUUCCGAGUAA